UUCAAAAGUCCAACUGGCUUGUCUCAGUCUGGUGCGCAAACCUGAGCAAGCUCAGAGGGACUUCACUAAACACCAAAACUGUGGACCUGUCUCUCCUGCUGUUACAACUGAGGAUGCGUAGAGACCAAAACCUCACAGUAGAACCUGGGCUGACACACUGCUCCCUUCUGGUCUAGUACAGAGAGGCACAGGUAAAAGUGCCCAGCUGGUGCACAUCUGCCGUGGAGGUGCGGUGUGUCAAGGCCUGCUUUGGCCAGCGGUGACCAUGGACCUCACACUGUGGCAGUACCAGUUCCGCAUAAUCAUGCUGGGUGACUCUACCGUGGGCAAGUCAUCCAUGCUGAAACGCUACACUGAGGACCUGUUUCUGGAGACGAUCAACCAGACAGUUGGAGUGGACUUCUAUGUGCACUUCCUGGAGGUGGAGCCCGGUGUAAGGAUUAAGCUACAAUUCUGGGACACGGCUGGCCAAGAGAGGUUCAGGUCAGUGACACGUUCCUACUACCGAAACUCAGUGGGAGGCCUGCUGGUGUUCGACGUGGCCAACCGUGCCUCAUUUGAGCAUGUGCACGAGUGGUAUACAGAGGUGUGUGAGCACGUGAAGCCUCACACUGUGCUCUUUGUGCUGGUGGGCCACAAGAAUGACCGGGAGGAGGCUGGAGAGCGCGUGGUCCAGCGAGCGGAGGCCGAGAAGCUGGCGGCUCAGCUUGGGGCACCCUACGUGGAAGCCUCCGCCAAAACCGGCCACAACAUCCGCGAGGCCUUCGAGCUGCUGACUCGUCGUGUCUACCAGGGGCUGCUGAACGGGGAAGUGCAGCUGCGUGAGGGCUGGGAUGGAGUGAAGAGCUCGGCACCACAAACCCACCAGCUCCGAAAGCCACAGAGCAGUGUACCAGAGAAACCCACUGACCGCUGUUCUUGCUAGGCCAGAGCCCCUUAAUUGUCCUUCAAAAGUGCUUUCAGUGGAUUAACGACCUGACCACGGUGAUUGACCAUGCAAUAAGCCUGAGAAUACUCUGAAUGGCUGCUCUAAAACAAACAUAGCCUACUGUCAGCACUGAGCUUCCGCUUCACUCAUGAGGCUCAUGUUCUCACCUAAAUUAGAGGGCUCUGCUUAUGUUCCAUCAAAUAUCAUUUCAAGAGAACGUGGACCAGAUUUCACAGCUCUAGGAUUUUUGCUUUUUACAACCAGAUAUGCAUGACAAGAUUCUGUCAUACUUUUAACUCUGCGUUUGGCUGAUUAGCAACUUCAAUAUGCAGUUAUGUGAGAUGAAGUUUUUUUUUUUAAUCUGACUAUUGCUAGCUGUGUUCUGUAGUAUCAAAUCAUAAAGUCAAUUAACAAUCAACAAAUACAUGUAUUGCACUUAAUUAAAAAUAAUAGCUAUUUAAUUAAUUUACUGUUUUUUUAAUGUGUGUUGUACACUUGCCGUUGGUUUUAAUAGAAACAUUUGUAUUUUCACUGACUUACUUGAACAUACUUGUACUGACACUCACAGGUUAAUUUAUUAGGCAUACAUACCUUAUAGGCUUCGUGCCCAUUUUUCAAGCACCACUUUCACAUCUUAGGACUCUGGAGUAGGGCAUAUUUCUACUCAUUUUACUGACUUCAUACACAAAAGGUUACAUGUUCAGAUCUUUUUAUUUAUGGUAAAACAAGCAAAAAAUAAAAAAUAAAAAUCAACAAUAGCACAGGAUUAUAUAAAGAAGCAUGAUACUUAGAAAAAAAUUAGUAUGGAAAACACUACAAAUGACCAAUGUUAUUUGAGUACUAAUGAAAAGUACUGUAUACAGGAGGUCCCUGAUGGACCACAUAAAAUCCCAAUAGAAAACACCUGAAUCUAGCACCACAACAUGCAGAACUAGAAAGGGGUCCAUCAAAACAUUAAAAUCAUGAUACUGACACCAUGUGUCUACUCUGGGUACCCUCUCUGUUACCUACAAUAAAUGUAAUAUUACUGCACCAAAGUUUUUCAUAUUAAGGCUUGCCUAUUUCUCUAGGACAAGUACAAUUCAUGUUCACUUGCCAUUAUUUACAAUAAUAAUAAUAUCCUCAAUAACCACUGUAUGUAUGUAGGCCUACAAGCUCAAUGAGGAAAGAAGUGUGCUAAUCUGAAAUUACCUACCAGUGAGUAGAAAGGCACUACUAAUAUGGAGUGGCAGAAUUAAUGUGGCUUCUUAUUAAAUAUUUAUUAUGCUGAACCACAAUAUGUUCUAUGUUGCAUGCAAAAUUCAAUCAUAAAUUUUAAUUCAAAUAGUGACACCUUAAUUUAGAGAUGACUGCAGACACACACAGUGGGGUGGAGUAUUGUGACUAAAUGAUGACGAUGCUUUGCAUCACACAUUUGACUAAUAAAACCAUCGCUCCUUUCAAGAUAAUGAGAAAUAAUGAACAUUAUUAAACUGCAUCCCCAAUCAGUAAAAUACAUGACCAAAUGUGGCACUGAGUCUUUAUUAGACUUCAAGGGCAAGCACAACACGCCCAGUACGAUUACACGUUAUAGGCCAUUUACACCAAAAAGCUCACAAAUUAAACCGUUUGAAAAUUAUCCAAAGAAACAAUACAACUGACAUUUCUCAAGAAAUGAGAGACUACUCAGGGAAUAAGAGACUACUGAUAAAUAUGCAGCUAGACAGUUUCUACAUGCUACUUUCAUAGCGGCUGGUGUAAAAAAGUGAAUGCCCACAGUAAGUGAUCUGACCCAAUCUUCAUAUUACAUGCAACAUUU